AUGACAUCGUCACUCUUCAUCGUUAUAAUCAGUCUUGCUUUUGCGAGUCCGGCUUUAGCCGGCCCCGCAGCCUACGGAUUGUGUCAGGCAGGUUGCUCUGCAGUAGUCAUGGCAUGUUACUCUGCAGCUGGUUUUACUUGGGGGGCUACCCUCGGUGCUUCCGCUCCUGCUAGUAUCAUCGCCUGCAAUACCGCAUUUGGUACCUGUCAGGCUGCGUGUGCCGCCGUGCUUUUGAGUCCAACACCAUAG